UAAAUACUAUUGCAAAAUGCUCUUGGAAUUUAUACCUGCCCACUUUUACAUGAGCGCCGGCUAUGAUGUUGUCGACUGAAACGGUAUUUGUGCAAUAUAGUUCAUGUAGUCUACAGUUAAGUUAGGAUGUCUACGCUGCAGUGAUUCUUUCAGACUUCUUCUAGGCCUACAAAAUCAAUAAGGAUACCAACAUGAAAUAACAAGAUGUUGGAAUUUACAAGCUGAUUAAAUUGAAGAGUCAGUACCAAAUGGACCACUUCAUUCAAUCAACAUCUUCCUGAGAUCUCUAACGAAGCAGAGAUUUAUGAAAUGGUACACACCAGCUUACUGCACUGUUUUUACCAAUUGCCAUUUCUAUGACUCUGCAAUCAAUACUCUACUCUUCCAGCUGAAUCCCCAAGCAAUAUAGCAACCCUGAACAGUGUCAUUUUAAGAAGCGAUCAUGUCAAUUGAAAAUGACGCCGGCUCUUCCAUCGGCCCGGGACCAUCUAGUGAAGACGAGAAUGGCAUCGAGCCACUGCAGGGCGGGGCGUCAUCUAUAGGGAAUGAUUCCGCGACGGGUGGGGCUUCCUCGAUAGGGAAUGAUUCCAUGACGGGCGGGGCGUCGUCCUACGGUAACGGCUCGGCUACCGGUGGGAUGGAUUUGGUGGACAGUGAUUUGAGCGAGGACGAGGAGGAUGGUCCAAAAACGGAUCGCUAUGGAUUUGUAGGAGGAAAGCAGUUCACAGGAGGUGAGCUGGGGCUACCGAUCGAGAUCUUGAGGAAACGAGAGCUGAAGUGGUUGGACAUGAUUGAUGAUUGGGACAAGUGGAUGACUAAGAAACCAAAGAAGGUGAGAGAAAGAUGUCGGAAAGGUAUCCCGUCUUCGUUGAGAGGUCGGGCGUGGCAAUUCUUGUGUGGCAGCAAGAAAAUCGUCGAGCAAAACAAGGACAAAUUCUUGGAGCUUGAUGGGCAAGCAGGAGACCGCAAGUGGUUGGAUGUGAUAGAGUUGGACCUUGAUAGGCAGUUCCCGUUCCACGAGAUGUUUGCCAAGAAAGGAGGCAACGGGCAACAGGACCUCUAUCGCAUCCUCAAGGCAUACAGCAUCUACAACCCUCGCGAUGGAUACUGCCAGGGCCAGGCACCGGUGGCAGCCGUUCUGCUCAUGCAUAUGCCUGCUGAGGAGGCAUUUUGGUGCAUGGUCCAGAUCUGUGAACGCUACUUGACGGGUUACUACAGCCCUGGGUUAGAGGCUGUUCAGGUGGAUGGUGAAGUCCUGUUUGGUCUCGUCAAGAAAGUUCUACCUUCGACACACAAACAUAUGAAGAAGCACCGUAUAGAGCCCAUCCUGUACAUGACAGAGUGGUUCAUGUGUCUCUUCGCCAGGACGUUACCUUGGACGUCGGUUCUCAGAGUCUGGGAUAUGAUCUUCUGUGAAGGUGUAAAGAUCUUGUUCCGGGUAGCCCUGGUCCUACUGAAGCAUACGUUAGGUAGCUCACAGCAGCUAGCAGACAGUCCUGGACUCUACGAGACCCUGGAGAAGCUCAAGCACAUUCCAGACUCAGUCGUGCAGGAGGACUUUCUAGCUGCAGAGAUGAUGAAGUUGCGUGUCUUUGAGAAGGACCUGGAGGUGGAGCACUCGCUGUCCCUGGCCAGACGGAAGGCCAUACGGGAGAGGCAGCUGUCCUCCGACAAGGCCGCCGCCAACGCCCGCGACAUAGAGGUCAAGAAGAAGUCCUCCAAGACGAAGAACCCCGCCAAGGAGUGGGAGAAGGAGAAGAAGAAGAAAGAGAAGGAGCGGCUGAAGCAGGCGGACACUGAUUCUAUGAUUAGUGUGCCUCAUUCGCUGGGAGAGGAUGAGGCCGAAGGGGUUAGGAAUGGCGUGGAAGGCGAGGGGACGUUACACAAGGACGACAAGAAGAAGAAAAAGAAGGACAAGAAACAGAAGAGUAAAGAGAAGUUGUCGAUCAAUACGAAGGAAGCGAUGCACAGAAACUGGAGCGAUGACUUGCAUAGUCCGGACAUUGAAAGGGACUAUGAGAUUGUGGAUAGGUUAAGUUCUUACUCGGCAAGCCCUACCAAGAGUGUGAAGAGCAGGAGUACUACAGGCUACUCCGAAAAGGACUAUACCAGCGAGGACGGGCUGGAGGCGCAGGGCAGCAAGAAGAAGAAGAAAGAUAAGAAAAAGAAGAGCAAAGGGAAGGAAACCGAUGUGAUAUCCAUAGGGGAUGAUGCCGCUAGUAUGGUUAUUUCAACAGAAGGACUUACGGACACAAUCGAUAGGAAAAAGAAGAAGGAUAAGAAAAAGAAAAGGGGCAAGAGUAAAGAGAAGGCUUCGUCGGGUGAGGAGAAGGGUGACGAUGUAAUCAGUAUCAUGACAGUGCCGGACAAUAUGAUUUUUGCAGUUGGGAAGGACAAAAAGAAAGAAAAAAAGAAGGAGAAGAAGAGGACAAAAAGUAAAGAUGUGGAGGUCGGAAUGGAUCUUCCCGGGAUGGUAGGAGGACGAGAUGAUGGAAGUGUGGACAAGCUCUCACAAGCAGAUACAGAAUCGAUUAGGUCCUUCUCCAAGAAAGACAAGAAAAAGGAGAAGAAGGAGAAGCAAAAGAAGGGGAAUGACUUGGAAAGAGAGGUGCAGGCAAUUAAGGGGAACGGUGUGAUACGUAAUGAGCAUGCGAGCGACGGCAGUACCUCCUCUCCCGCUAACCUGAGUGACUAUGAAGUUGUGGAGAGGUGGAAGCCGCCGUCCGACAGCUCAAAGCGUGGGUCAGACAAAAGGAAGGGUUUGAUAUACAGCGAGGAAGACAUCCAGAGCCAGUGGGCCGGACUGGCCAACCUGGGCCCCCUGCCCGAGAUACCCAGCUUCAGUGAAAUCAAAGAGCGGAGGAGGAGUCGAGAGCAGGACGAGGAGAGGAGGGUACAACAGAGGCUGUCCCCUCAGUCUGAACCCAGUUCGCAGAUCGGCGACAACACGACGCGGGAAGCAGGGAGUGGGACCGGGAUGCCCCAUUCAUACUCUAAUGGGAUGGAGCCCGAGAGUGGGCUGUCUCGGGUGAACAAUGGAAACAGGGAUACGGACAGUGGUGAAAAGGUGAAGAAAGGUCCCACGAGAGACUAUCACAGUUUUGACUAUGGCACCACAGUAUGAUACUGAUACAAGAGAAAAAGCACUGGAUAGUUGAUUGAUGAUGAAUGUGUGCUAUUUGAAAAUUGGGACGCGUCUUGCCCUGGAUAUGCAUGCAUCAUUGGACAAAGUUUUGGCAAGUCUUCUGUGUUUGUACAGGAUGUAGGUAAUGGCCUCACAUGUGCAAAGAGUGAUGAGUUUAACAUGUACAUUUUAUGUGUACUGGAUGUAUAUGUACAUGCAGUUUAAGUAGGUCUGAAUACCACAAAGUUCUCAUUUUUUAGGCCUCUACGAGAGCUCUAGAGAUAGAUUACGUGGUUAGAAAAUUACGAGUUAAACUAAUGGGUUAGAAACAACUUCAUCAAGUUUUAUUCUAAUUUGUUGAUCUGGGCCAGUCAUUACAAAGAGUUGUUCUGAAUUGUUCGCUUUUCACUCGAGUUUGAAAUUGGCGGUAAAUCUAAGUCACUCUGUUGCAAUAUGAAGAGAAAUUCACACUUUCUGUCAUAUUUUCCCUCAAUAGCCCAGGGGUUGCAUUUGCAUUUUUCUCCAUAAAUGAGGGGGAAACAGGAAAAAAUGAGAAUUCCUUGAACAAAUUUGCAUCAUUAAUUAGACAAAAAUUCAGAACACAGUAGAUAUCAUAAAUUUGACUAUGCAUUAUUGUAAAAUACAUGAUGGGACAAAGACACACCAAUUUUGGUCAAAAUCGGUCAAUAAAUAGCAAAGAUC